AACACACGCGCAAAAGCUACGCAAAGUAGCAGCGGCAGCUCGAAGUAAUAAAAGCACAAAGUUCCUCGCAAAUAAAAGAAGAGGCGGACUGGCUCUUCCUCUCGCAGCCCUUCUCCCGGUUCUCCUCGCCGCUGAGGGCCGACGUCGUAGAUAGCAGCCGCUCUGGUGGACCAGCCUGCCAUUGUCAGUGGAAGCCAGCGGCGUGGCAGCAGCGGGUCGGUCUCUGGCGGCUCCUCAUUUUUCGGCGAGGCAUCAUCGCCCUCCUCCGUGUCGUCGUCUGCUCGUUCCUCUGGCUGUUCACCGCCUCGUGUGAUGCGUGCCCGUGGAUAGUGCGUCGCCCUUCUCUGGAUGCCCCACCAGGGGCCACGUCGUCUUGCGAUGUCGCCCACACCGGCUCGGCCCAUGCGGCACUUCACAUUCUCGGCCAUGACGUAAGCCGAAGAGCCAUGGCACGAUGUCGACACGGGCCUGGUCCAGGUUAACACCGCUGGUCGCAUUCCUGGCCGCGUGCAUCGUCAGCACACAAGGAGGGAGCAACACAUUUCCAAGGUUCUCCUUGGGUGGCAUCAGCGAGAUCGUAGUCAGGAUCAAAGAAGGACCGGGCAGCUUAGGCCAGCCGCUGUACCGGCUUCGGGGCGAAGAUGCGGACGGCGACACGCUCACGUUCGGGGCGCGGGGUCCCGAGGGACCCGAAAUCCUGCGCUUCGAGCGGGUCACCGCCACCGAGGCCGACGUCUUCCUGCGACACGAGUUGGACAGAGAGGUGAAGGACUCGCACACCAUAGUCCUCACUCUCACAGAUGGGCGUCUGCCCGAAGGCCAAUAUAUUACACAGACAAUGUUAAUAAUCGUCGAUGACGUCAAUGACAACGAGCCAGUAUUCAAGCAGUACAGAAGCACCAUCACGGUUCCAGAGGAUGCCUCACCACACGUCAUUGAUACAGUUGAAGCCAUUGACCGUGACCAGGGGCCUUUCGGCCAAGUUAUUUAUCAAUUACAAAACACGGACCCGGAAACGACGUCCACAUUCUCCGUGCACCAGGAUAAAGGAAAAGGCAUCAUCUCACUUACCGGACCACUCGACUACGAACGCAAGUUUAUCUACGAACUGCGUGUCCUCGCCAUUGAUCGUGCCAACACGGGUCCGCGGCACACGGCCACAGCCGUGGUGCUUGUCAAAGUGGACGAUGUGGAGGACCAACCUCCCAUCUUCACACAGGUGCCUCCGGUGACCAGGAUAUCUGAAGACCUUCCAUUGAACUCUGUCGUGCUCACGGUGAAGGCGAUGGAUGGUGACCGUGGUGUGAACAACGCCAUUCAUUACAGCAUCGUUUCGGGUGGCAACGAUCUGUUUGCUAUCGACCGUGAAACGGGCGUCGUGUCAGUGAAAGGGCGCCUCGACAGAGAGGCGACUGAAAAUCGGAACGGAGCCUUCAUUCUACUUGUUCAGGCGCAGGAAGUGUCCGGAAAGGUGACGCCGGCGCCGAGCACGCGCACCGAGGUGACAGUGUUGCUGACGGACGUGAACGACGAGGAGCCGGCGUUCCGCAGCCGACGCUACAUCGCCGAGAUCAAUGAGAACGCUCAGAUCAACGUGCCCGUCAACUUUGUCGGAGAGAGCGUGCCCGAGGUGUUCGAUCACGAUCAGGGCAGCAACGGCACUUUCCAACUGUUCCUCCAAGAAGACAACGGCGUCUUUGACGUCACGCCAGCCAUCGGCGUCAACGAGGCUUCCUUCAUGAUCCGCGUUAAAAACCCUGAUUACUUGGAUUACGAACGAGUCAAGGUUAUGAACUUCAAGAUCGUGGCGAGGGAGAUGGUGUCCAACCAGCCCAAGACAUCGACGGCUGACGUGACGGUGCACAUAAAGGACGCCAACGACAACUUCCCGGUGUUCCGCGAGGACCUCUACCGGGCGACCAUCCCCGAAAACGCGGCAGCUGGAACUGUGGUCACCGUUGUCAGGGCUGAAGACGCGGACUCUGAAAUUUACGGCACCUCUGGAAUCCGCUACACCAGUAUCCGAGGUCAAAUAGCGGACAAGUUGCGGCUGGAUCCCGAGACGGGCAAGGUGGUCGUGGCCACGUCGGCGCACGGCCUGGACCGUGAGACGGCACCCGAACACUUCCUGACAGUGGAGGCACGCGACGAGAACGGUCGCGGCAACCGCAACACCGUCCAGCUUCACCUGGUGCUCGAGGACAUCAACGACAACGCGCCGGCCUUUGUGCUGCCUUCCUACGAGGCCCGCAUACGCGAGAACGCGCUGGACUUUCGCACUCCGCUCGUUGUCAUGGCCGUAGACGCCGACCAAGCUGGAGGCCCCAAUAGCCAGGUCCGUUACCAGAUAGUGCACGGGGACCCUGACAACAACUUUACCAUCGACGAGGUCAAGGGCCGCAUCAAGCCUAGGUUGCCGCUAGACUUCGAGAGGAUCGCGCAACCCAGGGGUGAUGUCCGAACGUUUAACCUUCUCGUUCGCGCCUAUGACAUGGGCAGGCCGUCACUCUCGAGCAAUGUCACUGUGGUCAUCUACGUACAAGACGUCAACGAUCACGCUCCCGAGUUUCCCACUGAUUUUGUAUCUAAGGCAAUUCCAGAGGACAUUCAGGAAGGCACAGCCGUGGUCCGGGUGCUCGCUGAGGACCACGAUCACUCACCCAGCAACAGCAAGGUCGUUUACCGAAUCCAGAAUGGUGCGCAAGACAAGUUUGUGAUCGACGCCCUCACAGGCGUCAUCUCCGUGGCACCCGGUGCCAACAUGGACCCGGACAGAACGUUUCCAAAGUCAAUCCUGUACAGCCUACAGAUUUUGGCACUUGACGGUGGGCUUGGGGAACAGCAGAAGUCCUCGAUGAUUACCGUCAACAUCUCCAUCAUCGACGUCAACAACAAGGCACCCAGGUUCGACGAACCCGGCAGCGUGAACCUGGUGGAGAACAGUGUCGCGGGCCAUACAGUAGCCAUAGUUCGCGCAACCGACCAAGACGAUAGGCCUAUGCUCAGGUACUCACUAUGUCAUGGAACUGCCAGUGAGGCACGAAACGAAGAUGGUGGCCUCGUAAGCGAAUUCGAUGCCGAACAGAGCUUUGAAAUCAACAACCUCGAAGGGAAAGUCAUGGUCAAGUCGAACAUCGACCGGGAAGUCAUGGAGUCCAUAAAGUUGUGCGUCAAGGUCGAGGACAUGGCUGCUGCAACACCUGGGCAAACGGCGACAGCAACCCUUACUGUCAACGUAGUCGACGUCAACGACAAUAGGCCGAGCUUCAAGAAAUCUUUCUACCGCCAAACAGUGACUGAAAAUUCAAUGGUUGGCGCACCGAUCGUCACUGCUAGAGCAAUAGAUGCGGACAAGAACAGGACAAUAUAUUACUCCUUGGAAGGAAAGAUGGAAUACCUUGCACUGAUAGGAAUUGACCGAAAAACAGGUGAAGUGACUGUAGCAGACAAGAUUGACCGUGAAGCUCACAGCUGGAUUAACGUGACGCUCAAGGCGACUGAUUCAGGCGUGCCCCCUUUGUCUGGAGCCACCGAGCUUCAGAUACAGGUGCUCGAUGAGAACGACAACAAUCCCAUCUUCCGACCUGGGCCCUCUGAGUUCGCUGUCUCUGAGGACGCCCCUCUGGGUGCCUCAGUGGCGGCUGUGCACGCGGUAGACGCCGACGUCGGCGAUUACGGCCGCAUCACGUACGCCCUGGACGCCGCCGGAACCGACGGAAAGUUCAAGAUCGACAGAGACACGGGUGUCAUCACGGUUACUAUGCCUUUGGACAGAGAAGAAACGUCUUCAUACUCGUUGAUAGUUCAAGCAUGGGACAACUACGAAGCCGGAUUCGGGACAGAUGAGAGCAGAAGGACGUUCAAACAGAUUAGCAUACGCGUGCUGGACGUGAACGACGAGGUACCGGUGUUCGUGCGGCAGACACAUUGUGCCGAAGUCACCGAGUUCAUUCGCAUCCACGAGACGGUGUUUUUGGCUUCAGCCAUGGACGCGGACGACCCAACGACGCCGAAUGCCAGGAUCGUGUUCACCAUUCAGGCCGGAUACGAAGCCGAUCUAUUCGAGGUGGAAUCUCUGCCAGACAACACGGCUCGUGUGUCCACGCGCUACUCACUUCGGGGUCGUGUAGGCAACGCAACCGUGGCGCUGCGGGCUCAGGACCAGGGCCUGCCACCGCGCUCCUCGGUGCAGAUGUUCAGCGUCUGCGUAGCCGACGUCAACGACCACAGUCCGGUGUUCGUCAAGCCACCGCAGAACCACACCAUUCGCAUUCCCGAGAAUGCGACUUUAGGUACCGUGGUGGUGGAAGUGGGUGCAGAGGACAGCGAUUUCGGAGCGAACGCAGAGGUGCGUUACCGUCUGAAGGACCUGCCUAAUGGUCACUGGAGAACCUUCCGGCUCGACGAGCGAACUGGCGUCAUUACACUGAGGCAGACGCUGGACCGUGAGACGCAGAAGGUGUACGAGCUCCGUGUUGAAGCCUACGAUUUGGGGCAGCCGACAUCUUUGUCGAGUGACCUGGACCUCACUGUAUUCGUGACGGAUGUGAACGACUAUGCGCCAGAAUUCACCGAAGACGUCCACCAACUCACAUUCACGGAGAAUCUGAAACCAGGAGUGGAAACUUACAAGCUCAUCAGCACGAUCGACAGAGACGAUGACCUUAGCAUCCUGAAGCCCAUACCGUGCUACUACAUAGUCGGGGGCAACGAGAAAGGCCGCUUUGUACUGGACAUCUUCACUCACCAGCUGUCGGCCACAGAACCACUCGACAGAGAGGAACAGGCCAACUACACGCUGGUGGUGCGCGCAUCGGACGACUGUUUCCACGAGCCACGGCCCGUGAGCCGUUUCGACCCCAAAGACAACACACUGCUCCAGGUCGAGAUCACUGUGCUGGACGUUAACGACAACCCGCCGAAGUUUGUGAGCCGCGUCUUCACCGGCGGUGUCACAAUGGAGGCAGACUUUGGGGUUGUCUUCAUGACUGUCAAGGCUAUUGAUCGCGACGAAGGCAUCAACAGUGUGGUCAGCUACUACAUCGGUGGUGAAAUCCGGAGGACGCUUUCCGAGGGGCUGGAAUCCCUGACGGGGCCACCGUUCCUCAUCAACCACCGCACCGGAGACCUGAGCCUCAACUUCUAUCCGCAGAAGGGCAUGAAGGGGUACUUUGACUUUGAGGUCAUCGCUAACGACACAGAGGGCUUCUACGACACUGCCAGCGUGUUUAUCUACCUCUUGCGCGAAGACCAGCGCGUGCGCUUCGUUCUUCGACUGACACCAGAGGAGUUCCGGGAAAAAAUGGAAGAGUUUCGAGAGGUCCUCGCCAACAUCACCGGAGCCAUUGUAAAUAUUGACGAAUACAAAGUUCACGAAAAUGAAGACGGCUCUGUAGAUCGCAAAAAAAGCGACCUGUACCUGCAUUUCGUGAAUCGGGACGACAACUCCAUUAUAGAGGUGUCCAACGUUCUCACAUUGAUAGACAAGAAUAUUGAGUUCCUCGAUAAGCUCUUUAAAGAGUUCAACGUACUCUAUAGCGAGCCGGCGGACGCCCUGAGCGACGCCGAACGGGAAGAGGACCAGAUGCGCACGUGGCUUAUUGGCCUCUCGGUGUUCCUGUCCGUGAUGCUUGCGCUCGUCAUAUCUCUCUGCCUCGCCCAGAGGAGCCGGUAUGAACGCCAGCUAAAAGCAGCGACUGCGACUGCUUUUGGUUCUCGGGAUUCGGCGUUAAACCGCAUGGAUGUGCCAAACACAAACCAGCACUCAGUCGAAGGGUCGAACCCGAUUUGGAUGCACUCGUACGACAACGAAUGGUAUAAAGAAGACGAAGAGACAAGGGCCGCAGACCGCAACUCACUGGACGAAAACGCGGUGGCCGAGCCGUCGGGAAGCACGUCCUCUUCGACGGACACGCACCGGCAAACUCAGGACCGCGAGUUCGACUCCGCACAGCUGUGUUCCGAGGUGUACGUUCUGUCCAAUGGCACAGUGCAAAAUAUCAGCAUACCCGUCGGUGGCUCAACCGACCUUCUGUGCCCUGAGGUGGCGGAGCGCAACAACCUUAACAGGAACAACAAGAACGGUGGUUGCCCUUACGCUAGCGUCUUCCUCACCAAAAUGGGGACGCCCAACAGGGCGGGGAAGCUCGAAGUCUCCGAACUGUGAGUGGGUGUGUUUCUGUGGACAUUCCCAGAGCUGGGCGGCAGUGGUGGCUUCAGGAAAAAAGACACAACUUCCGAUAACUUCAGCUGUAGGCAUCCAAGUGACUCUUGCAGGGCCAUGCUUUCAUGAACCGCGAAACGGCACCAUCUUUAUCAGCAAUCUUCCCAUCAGCCCCGAUCAUUCUUGGUUCAACUACAAGGAAGGGAACUGAUGCAAGCUACCGGAGUCGGCGCGUCAGUUUUGUUGAAGGCUGCAAAGAUUUCCUACUAAGCGGCAAGCUAAUCAUGGACAUUGGCUGACGGCUUGAUUAUGGGAGUAAAACCAGAUUACAAGUUCGUACGACAGUGAGAAAAAAGGAUAAGUGCUGAGAGCGAUGCUUUCAAGUAAUUUUAAUAACGGCCAUGGGGCAACGUAACUGAAGGACGUCAAAGCACCUGCCGGGCCUUCUUUUUCCUGUCGCGCGCAUGCUGCCACCCCAACGCGUUGGCAACGUUGACUACAGUCAAUGUAUUGACUGCAGCGAGCAUGGUGCUACGUCAGCCUCUCACUUUGGACGCCGCUCUUCACGGGUCAUCGUAAUGCUCCAAGGUUCAGUGGACAGUGCCGAAACGAGUGUGCCCCGGCGGGGCUCCUUUCGCCAAGGACCACAGUUGUCAGUUACUGAAGGCGUAAACGCGGAUCGCUGUGCCAAGCGUGACGAUCUGUCGAUUCGUGUGUUAGAUGUUGCACAAUCAACUAGCCCCAUUAAGCUGUGCCUAAUAAUGUGUAGACUGGAUGCGAUCGGGACACGCACUACGAGGACUAUCUCUACGUGGCUGUGCGAAACUUCUUUGACCGGUCCGCAAUGCACAAAGUGCGCAACGCUGCCAGUUGCUUUCGUUUAUGGGUUAAUUUACUAGUAUUCUUCUGUGUCUACUCUACAAACUUUUACGGGUGGUAAAACGCAAAAUGCAAGUCAGAAUUAUCUGUAAUGCGGAGCUGUUGAUGAGCCCUGUCACUCUAUCAAAAACAGCUAGCCAGCAUUUGUGGACUAAACUUCUUCACCAGUCUGCCUUAUAUUGCUGUCACUAUUUUCAGGCUCAAUGUGGUUGUCCUGAUAAAAAAGGAAAGAGAGAGAAACAAGAAAAUUAUCUUCAGCACGGAAGUUAAUAGCUGUCAUGUGCGGGAAUCGAUCACAUGGUAACUCAAGUUUUUGAGAGUAGGUCGUACUGGUGCACAUGCUUCUAAAUGCCUUCGCGAAGCAAGUAACCGCAUGUCAGUGCCACACUGAGAAAGCAUGAAACCAAAGGUCUGUACAAUCGUAGCAGCCCCUGAACGCGCCUCUUUGAAAUGUAUAUUUCUGUAACACGUUUAGUGACAAAUGAGGACGCUCAAUUCACCGAUGAAGACCAUGCGCUGGAGAGAUCCAGGAAUUUAUGUGUAUUUUUUUUACGUUUUUCACCAAAUGUGCCACAUGUGAUCCGCUUCGAAGAGCCUUCAGCAAACUCCGCAUGAAGCGUCGGGUCCUCUAAAACCCCAGCACCAAAUAGUCCAUGCUGUUCAAGACAUCUUCAAGAACAUGCGAGAGAGAGGUCAAAGCUUGAUGUAUCCAUAACACUUUCAUCCCACAUUGAACAAGAUGUCAUCGCGUGCAACUUGUUCUGUAUGUUUCAUCCUCAUGUGUGUUUAAGCAAAUAUAUAGAUAUAUAUAUAUUAU